CUCCCGCCACCCACGAGCGCUGACAGCGUCGGCGGAGGCUGUCGGGAGUUGAAGUCUUUACGUCACACCCCCCUUCCCGGAGCUGGUAGGCGUGGCCUCUCCCCCUCCGAGGGUAUAUAAAGGCCCGGCCCCGGCCACGUGACCCUUUCCGCCCGCUGCCUUCGCCUCCGCCAUGGACACGAGCCGCGUGCAGCCCAUCAAGCUGGCCCGAGUCACCAAAGUGCUGGGCCGGACAGGCUCGCAGGGGCAGUGCACCCAGGUAAGCCCGGGAGAGAGGUGGGGUGGACAAGGCCUCCCCCCAUCCUGCUCCUCCACUUCCGGGGGGGGGGUUUGCACUCUGCACGCCCUCAGAGGCUAACCACCCCCUUCCUCCUCCUCUCGUCUCGGUGCCUGAGUCUGGGCCUCUUGGAAGAAAUUUAAAGACUACUUACAGAAAUACUGUAAAAUUAAUGAAUGAAAGAAUGAUGUUGGAUAGUAACUAAGUGGUUUCCAGCUGUAAUGCUUUAAGAGAAUAUGAAAAAAAGGGUUAUAAAUGGGUUAAAAUCUAAUGGUAAGGAUUUGCUGAACCAAUAAAUUGGAGUGGAAUACAAAAAAGGGAGGUAUGAGGAGGUCCGGGAAACAAGUUAAAGGAAAAUAAGUAACUGGAAAUAUGUGUGUUUUUAAUUGUUUUUAUUUUGUAUUUUUCUCUUUUCUUUUUCAUUUUUGCUGUAAUAUUUCAAAAACUUAAUAAAUAUCUUAUUUAAAAAAAAGAUGUAGGAGGCACGCCACCAGAGGGUUGGACUAGAUGAUCCUGGGGGGAUUUGCACUCUGCACGCCCUCAGAGGCUUAACCACCCCCUUCUUCCUCCUCUCGGUUCCUUAGUCUGGGCCUCUUCAAGAUGAAGGAGGGGCCUCGGCGACGCCACCAGAGGGUUGGACUAGAUGAUCCUGGGGGGGGGGGACUUGCACUCUGCACGCCCUCAGAGGCUAACCACCCCCUUCCUCCUCCUCUCGGUUCCUUAGUCUGAGCCUCUUCAAGGCGAAGGAGGGGCCUUGGCGACGCCACCAGAGGCUUGGACUAGAUGAUCCUGGGGGGGGGGAUUUGCACUCUGCACGCCCUCAGAGGCUAACCACCCCCUUCCUCCUCCUCUCGUCUCAGUGCCUGAGUCUGGGCCUCUUCAAGGCGAAGGAGGGGCCUUGGCGACGCCACCAGAGGGUUGUGUGAUAGGAAUUUUAUGGUUUUAGAUAUAUGGCAACGUUCAUAACCACACGUACAUAGAUCAGCACAGGAAAGCCAACCUGGAACCAUUUUGAUUCCUAAACUGAGCAAAUGUUUCUCUGCAUGGUAAAAAUGGAAAAGCCUCCCCAUUGUCUCUUCCUUCACAAAUCCUGUCUUAAUCUGUGUUUGAAUAAGGGUGUGAGCCUUAUCAUUACAAAAGACUGCCAAGGCUCCCCAAGAAAUCCAAUCAAGUAACCUGCCAGACAGGAAAUAAACAAAGCGACAGGAGAAAACAACAUGCAAAUGUUCUGUUUUAGACCGCCUUAUCUGAGGGGUGGUCUUAGGUUACACCCCUUCUGUGAUGAAUGCAUAAUGUUUCUGGGGGUGGUCUUGAUCUAGAGGAUGGGAAUUUCAAAAGUCUUUAUAAGCCCUUGCACAGCAUUUUUGGGGGUCCUCUUCCUCUCCUGCGUGUGAGGGAGCGCCCUGUUGCAACAGAUCAAUAAAGAUCAGGCUUACUAGCUGCUUUGCUUCUCAAUAUUCUCUGGUUGGCCUCUGUUAUUUUCUCCUACCAAUAGGGAACCUAUGUAAGGACUCUAUAUGGGCUCUUGGAUACCCCAUAAGGGAAAAGGGCAUGUUUUUAUUUACAACAGUUGGACUAGAUGAUCCUCGGGGGGGGGGGAUUUGCACUCUGCACCUCCUCAGAGGCUAACCACCCCCUUCCUCCUCUCAUCUCGGUGCCUGAGUCUGGGCCUCUUCAAGAUGAAGGAGGCACGCCACCAGAGGGUUGGACUAGAUGAUCCUGGGGGGGAUUUGCACUCUGCACGCCCUCAGAGGCUAACCACCCCCUUCUUCCUCCUCUCGUCUCGGUGCCUGAGUCUGGGCCUCUUCAAGGCGAAGGAGGGGCGUCGGCGACGCUGCCAGACACACAAACACACUACCUCGCCAUCAAAUUUCUUGGGUCAGGGCAUCAGAAAAGUUUGGUGGUUCGAACUCACUCGGGGUUGGACUAGAUGAUCCUCGGGGGGGGGGAUUUGCACUCUGCACCUCCUCAGAGGCUAACCACCCCCUUCCUCCUUGUCUCGGUGCCUGAGUCUGGGCCUCUUCAAGGCGAAGGAGGGGCCUUGGCGACGCCACCGGAGGGUUGGACUAGAUGAUCCUCGGGAGGCGGAUUUGCACUCUGCAAACUCUCAGAGGUUAAGCACCCCUUCUUCCUCCUCUCGUCUCGGUGCCUGAGUCUGGGCCUCUUCAAGGCAACUCUAUCAGACACACAAACACACACACUACCUCGCCAUCAAAUUUCGUGGGUCAGGACGUCUGAAAAGUUUGGUGGUUCGAGCUCACUCAGGGGGUUGGACUAGAUGAUCCUGCAGGGGAUUUGCACCUGCACACUCAGAGGUUAAGCACCCUUCCUCCUCCUCUCGUCUCGGUUCCUUAGUCUGGGCCUCUUCAAGGCGAAGGAGGGGCCUUGGCGACGCCACCAGAGGGUUGGACGCGAUGCUCCUGGGGGGGGGGGACUUGCACUCUGCACGCCCUCAGAGGCUAACCACCCCCUUCCUCCUCCUCUCGUCUCGGUGCCUGAGUCUGGGCCUCUUCAAGAUGAAGGAGGCACCCCACUAGAGGGUUGGACUAGAUGAUCCUGGGGGGGAUUUGCACUCUGCACGCCCUCAGAGGCUAACCACCCCCUUCUUCCUCGUCUCGGUGCCUGAGUCUGGGCCUCUUCAAGGCGAAGGAGGGGCCUUGGCGACGCCACCAGAGGGUUGGACUAGAUGAUCCUCGGGGGGGGGACUUGCACUCUGCACGCCCUCAGAGGCUAACCACCCCCUUCCUCCUCCUCUCGUCUCGGUGCCUGAGUCUGGGCCUCUUCAAGGCGAAGGAGGGGCCUUGGCGACGCCACCAGAGGGUUGGACUAGAUGAUCCUCGGGGGGGGACUUGCACUCUGCACGCCCUCAGAGGCUAACCACCCCCUUCCUCCUCCUCUCGUCUCAGUGCCUGAGUCUGGGCCUCUUCAAGGCAACUCUACCAGAUACACAAACACACACACUACCUCGCCAUCAAAUUUCUUGGGUCAGGGCAUCAGAAAAGUUUGGUGGUUCGAGCUCACUCAGGGGGUUGGACUAGAUGAUCCUCGGGGGGGGAUUUGCACUCUGCACCUCCUCAGAGGCUAACCACCCCCUUCCUCCUCCUCUCGUCUCGGUGCCUGAGUCUGGGCCUCUUCAAGGUGAAGGAGGAGCCUUGGCGGCGCCACCAGAGGGUUGGACUAGAUGAUCCUUGGGGGGUCCCUUCCCGCUCUUCAACUCUUGGGGUAGAAGUAUUUCGUAAAAGGGUUCCAGGAACGAAACCCUCGGAAGAGCCUCACUCCUUUUGCAAAGUUUAAAUGCAGUUGCACGGGGGGUGCAAACCUCAAAGCGCUCCCCUGUAAAGUGCAAUCGAGAAAAAAGUUUGCAGCCCUAUUUAAAAUACUACUAAUAAUAAAUUAUUAUUUCUAUCCCACCCAUCUGGCUGGGUUUCCCAGAAACUCUGGACGGCUCCCAAUAGAGUAUUAAAAACAUGAUAAGACAUCAAACAUUAAAAGCUUCCCUAAACCCAUUAAUGCCACCUUGAUUUUCCUAGAAGCAUCUGGGUAGGUUUGUAAACCUCCCUGUGAGUGAUUAUUAUUAUUUAUUAAAUGUGUGUAUACUGCCAUUCAUCUGUAGAUCUCAAGACAGUUCACAACAUAAAAAUAAAAAAAUUCAUUUAAAAAUGAACAAAAGCAAACCAUAACACCCCCCUUCAAAUGUGAGUCAUCGUUACGAAAAUAGGUUGCCCUCACUUGCAGAAUGGUUAGUGUAGUGCCUGCACAUACUAAACAGCUCCUAACACCUUGAUCCUUGGAUGAAGUGCAGUGUAUAAUUUAAAAUAAAUAAUGACGAUUAAGCAGUAUAAAAAUGCAAUGAACUUAGCAACACUAGGGUCUUUUGCAGGUGACCUCACGGCAAGGCUGGGUAGCUCUCUAAUGUAGUCCUGCAAUAGAAAGGAAAAUGUAUUCUGUGCGUGCUCAGGGGAACCCUGCCGUAAAUAUUUGAAGCCUUGCUUUCAAAACAGGUUCAGUUUUUGGUUGCCUGUUGUUGCAACCCAGCUCCUCUGCCUUGGUUCCAUUUCAUCCUGCUAAUGCCUCACUGUCUCCUUCGUAGGUCCGUGUGGAAUUCAUGGAUGACACCAGCCGUUCGAUUAUCCGCAACGUGAAAGGCCCAGUCCGGGAAGGGGAUGUCCUCACGCUGCUGGAGUCUGAACGCGAAGCCCGGCGGUUGCGCUGAGCUGUAGCCAAGUGAGUCUUCUUCUAAUUACCCAUCCCCUUUCGAGCAGAGCGCAGUUCAGCCUUGCUCAACCCUGACAUCUUCCAGAUUAUCGUUUAAUCUCCUUCCCCAGGUGUUUGAAAAAAGCAGUGCACGAAACACAAUAAAAGCAGCUGAAGGCAAUACUGGUGGGAGCGAAAGCAGCAGAUACGUGUAAAAUCCACGGGGAGGACAGGAAGAGAACGUUGCAUUGUGCAAGGAGAAAUUAAUAAUAAUUUAUUAUUUAUACCCCGCCCAUUUGGCUGGGUUUCCCCAGCCACUCUGAGUCGCUUUCAACAGAACAUUAAAAACAGAAUAAAACUUCAAACAUUAAAAACUUCCCUAAACAGGGCUGCCUUCAGAUGUCUUCUAAAAGUCAGGUAGUUGUUUCUUCCCUUGACAUCUGAUGGGAGAGUGUUCCACAGGGCGGGCACCACCACCUAGAAGGCCAUCUGCCUGGUUCCCUGUAACCUCACUUCUUGCAGUGAGGGAACCGCCAGAAGGCCCUCAGAGCUGGACCUCAAUGUUUGUGUUGAUGCCUCUUUGACUGCAACCUGGUGGUUGCAUCCAUCUGAGUUGCACUGGGAUUAGAGCCACUGAAAUUAAGGAGUCUCUGAGUAGGAGUAACAUUGGAUAGAAUCCACUAUUGGAGAGACCUAUUCACCCAGCUGGAAAAAGCCCUUGGGAACAAAAAUGUCUACUCUCUGUUCUCCAGAGAGUAGACACCUGCCAUAUCUCAACAGGAAUGCUAUUUCAUAGAAAGGGCCGCCAAAUUAAAAGCCUUGCUCCGAGUUAACGUGGAGUGGCCCUCAGAUCUUUGGAACUUGCAGGAAAAGGAUGCUUUUAAAUCCCAACUCCCAUACUCUGGUCCAUUGAACCCAUCAUCAAUUACAGGUGUUAAACAUUCUAGUUUCAGUCUGCUUUCCUGGCCAGGAUUUUGGCAGGUCUCCCCUUUCUAUCCACCUAGCCUUAAACAAAGCCUUUUUAAGAAUCCUGGGGCAUCGUCAUGCCUGCAGUUGUCUGAUCAAUAGUUGGUGGUCCAUAGGCAUGCUGAAUGAUUGAAACUGGGGUGUUGGUUCUCUUCACUUAGGAUGAGUUUAAACAACCUAGCAACUGGCUUUGAAUUGUUGCAGUUCACUAGAAAAUACAGUGGUGCCCCGCAAGACGAAUGCCUCGCAAGACGGAAAACUCGCUAGACGAAAGAGUUUUCCGUUUUGGAGGUGCUUCGCAAAACGAAUCUCCUAUGGGCUUGCUUCGCAAGACGAAAAUGUCUUGCGAGUUCCUGCGGGUUUUUUCCCCUCCCCCCCUUUUUCUAAGCCGCUUAUCCGAUAAGCCGCUAAAAGCCGCUAAUAGCGCUAAUCCGAUAAGCCGUCAAUGGGCUUGCUUCACAAGACGAAAAAACCGCUAGACAAAGAGACUCACAGAACGGAUUCUUUUCGUCUUGCGAGGCACCACUGUAUUCCCCGGGCGUAAGGAAAAACCUUUGCGUUCAAACUUGCUCAGAGCCUCAGUUGCCCCCCAAAUGGAAAACCUUGCAGGAUAUGCCACUUUUGCUUUGGAGUAAAAAUAAUAACUCGUAAAUUGUGUUUUGUCAAAGGCUUGGAGGACCCAGUGCUGUUUGAUGGAAUUUUAUCUUAUCUGCAACCAUACAGACACACAGGACUACCUCUCCACAGUACAGAGUGAAAAUUGGUUUUCCUAAUGGUUUUGAAGGAAUUCAGCAACAUAAUAAUAUCAUUGGAAGAUCACAACAUAAAAAUACAAAAUAGGAGCACAAAAUACAUAAUAAAACAAAAACAAACCAAUAACACUCCCCCCCCAGCACAUUUAAAAGGCCAUAGAAGCUUCCUAUUCUAUUGGAUGUACUGUGCUGCUUUUGUAAUUCAUUAUUUUUAUUACAUUGUUUUGUUUGACUUUAUUUAUAUUUUAUUGUCGAUAAAUUAUUUUAUUUUGCAACGCACACAACACUAAAAAGGGGGGGGGACUUAAACAGAAAGUACAAAAACAAAUGCAAAACAAAUACUGAACUUCUAACCACCUGUCAGGGGUUCAGGGAGAGAGGCACAGGGUAGGCAGGAGAUGGAGAGCGAUGGGGAUGAAUUCCAAGCCAGCGAGGAAGAGGAUGACAAUGACUCAAGAGAUUCCAUGAGUCUUUCCAGCGAAUCAGAGGAUUCCCAGAAGGGGGCGCCGGUGGUCAAGGCCAGGAGCCCCAGGGGGACGUGUCAGGAGCAGGGGGCCAGCGGGGGAUCCCAAAGUGGCAGCUGGGCGUCAGGACCUGCCUCCCCACCAGAGUGCAGCGAAGGGGGUGGAGUUUCCAGUGUGUCAGGGAAGCAGCUCCGGCAGCAGAGAAAGGAGGGAGGUCAGAGCAAGCCGCCCUCCCGGAAGGGGGGGGAGCAGUGAAGGGAGUAGUGUAACUGUCAAAAGGAAAGUUAGAGGUUUGGCCCGCGCGCCAAGUUCAAAUGUAGAGGCGCGCGGAAGUACAGGGAGCCCGGAGGAGGGGCCAGGUCCCAAAGCCCGCAGGAGGGGGAAGAGCAGUCUGAUUCCGCGUCAGAGGAAUCCAGGAGGGGCGAAACCCCAGCGGGCAGAAGGACCCUGCGGAAAAGGAAGGAGAGAAAGAGGUGGAGCAGCGCAAGCCUCUUAAAUUGGUGUAGGGGAGGGACGGAUUCAGAGGGGACUUCAGCGGUCUAAGCGUAGCAGACGUAAGGCUGCGCGCCUAGGAUGUCAAGCAAACAAUGAACUGCAAUAAACACUUUUGUAUAUAAGAAGACAUAGGCGUUGGUCUUUUGUGAGCUGAGACUUGAGGCAGCCUUGACACCACCUUUCAGAAAAAGGGAAAAAAUGACUGACUUGACUUUAAAUGUGCUCGGAAUUCCAAUUCCUGUUCACCCCAGCCACCAGUUGGGGGGAGUCCAGCCCCGCUUGCAGGUCCAGAUUGUGCAGUGCUGAUCAUUCCCCUAAUCUUUCUGGCGCUCUGAAAUUCAGCUGCCUGUCGAUAGGGUUGAGGCAUGCAACUAAAUCCCGGUUUGUUUUGUUUUCUAGGUUGGGUCAAAACUCCCAUGCGAUGUGUUUGUACAAGCCUGGUUGAAGAGUGAUGAGCUGCCCUCGGUCCUUCCAAUAAACUUCCUUUGCCCUCCACCACUUAAACUUGUGUGCAGUGUUUUUAAAUUACCAUAGCAAAAUAUUUCGUAAUGGUCGAAAUAGUUGUAUGGUAUGAGUACAUACGCAGCCCUUUCUCCCUGCCCGCCCCGUU